GUUCGUUUACAUUUUUUCUCGAACAUCUCAUCGGUCGGUCGGUCGAUCUGUGUCAAGCCGCGGCGAUGCGAAGCCAUCGAAGAGAAGUGUGAAGGAAAAUAAUUUUCUGCUUCAACGCAAACUUAUAAGCUUCCUCGAUUUGCAGUGCGGAGGUGAAGAGAAAGUGUAAAGUGAAUUAAUAUUUUUCAUUCGGAUGUUCAGAGCGCGGUGAAGCCAGAAUAAUAUUCGUCGUCGCGUGCGAAGCUUCGCCAUCGUUUUUUCGCUGAUUGGCCGCGACGGAAAACGGUAGAACAGUGCGUGAAUUGGGACCUUUGGCGGCGGCGGUAGAGGCCCCCGACAUUGAGACUAUGGUGGUGAAUGUUUCAGUGUGAGCAUUUGUACAACUUGAGCAGGUGUGGAAUUUCCUAUCAAAAAGUGGAUCACCAACCGAAACGGAAUAUUCAUCUUUGCUUCCCUUUUGGGGCGCGUUGGUUGACCUCGAGGACCAGAUCGAAAGCAGUGCAGUUGCAUUAGGAAGCGGGUGAAAGGAAGCCAACAGACAGUAGCCCCCCUCCCGCGCAGUACCCACUCGUCGGGGGAAAGAAGGGUCACAGCAGAGGCGGAAAAUGAGUUUCUUCACCUCAUUCCAGGAACUUCUGGACUUCGAUCAAUCGACCAAUCUGAAUGGGUUUCACUUUUCAAACAGCUUAUUCGGCUUCGACUCAAACUCGAUUCCGGCCCUGGAGAACUUGCCGGCUCCGGCUCCGCUAGCAGCAGAUACCCCAACGGCACCAGUCGUACCAAUAAACCAUUGUCGACAGUUGCUGAAAACUCCCUCGCCCAUUCCGGAGCCUACUCCACUGCUGGAAACUCCAAAGCAUUGCCAAAUCAUUCAACCACCGCCUCCCCAACAGCAGACUCCGGUGCAAGCUCCCGCCCCACAAGCGACUCACACCCAGCAAAUAUCGCCCAUUCCAAUCGUAUCGAAAUUCCAGCUGAAGGUGACCCCCAACAACGAAAUCUACAUCUCCAAUGAGUCGGGGACGUUCUGCGAGCUAGCCGGGAGCUUUGUCCCGUCUUCACUGCGACGUGACAGAUGUGCAGUUCCUAUCAUCGAAACGAUCGCACCCGCAUCUCCCGAAAUCAUCGAACCCGAACUCGAAGAUUUAGAUCCACCUAAAACGCUCUUCUGUAUUGAGAGGGGCAUUAAACGACCCAUCUCGCCAUCCGAUCAUCGAUAUUGCAACUCUGGCAUAUUCAAAUCCUUAGAAUCCAGCAACUCGCCGUUAAAGAAGAAAACUACCUCCACGAAAAGCAACGGUAUUUUGCCGAAUGGCACCGAGCCGGAAUCGGCAGCUAAGUUGGUCGUCUCCAACGUAAUCAACAACGGGUUAAUCGUUAACAAGAAACACUUAUCCAACAGCGAUGAGCAGCCAAACGCUUCCGCUGCUUCGACCCCCGAACGACGGAUUAUGCGUCCGAAGAAGAAGAAAAAGAAAGUCGCUCCCAAAGUCAUCCUGGAUGCAAAAGUUGAACCAACGAACGGACGGAUCAUGGCACGUAUUGCACCGGUAACGACCGUGACCAGCCGAAAGGUGCCCCAGCAAAUUGUUGGCAAGCGAUCGACUCUAGUUCAGGACAAUCUGCGGAAGGUUCCGAUAAAGCCUGCUCCGACUUUGGUGCCGUUGGCACCAAGUCCUGUAACCGCAAUCACGACCGCCACCACUACCAUCACGGAGAGUGCAUUAAACUUUUCUGGCAUCAAAGAGAAAGCCGCACAGGAAGCGAUUUUUAUUGAACGCGUUGAAAAGCCCCCUCCGCCUCCGAAACCAAUGCAUCAGCCACACUCCCAACAGCAUCAACAGGUGCAGCAACAGCAGCCGCAACAGCAACAACAACAAUUGCAACAAUCUCCCAAACAGCUACAAAAACCACAAACAAAUAAUACCGUGCAGCCACAGAUGAAAUACAACGUACCUGUCAUUGAACGCGAUACAAAAUUGGCACCGGAUGGCGCCGCCAUACCGGACGAGGCGCAAUCUAGUCCAGCCCCGGUAGAGCUGAAGGUCGUCGCUGAUUUGGUGAUGGAUAAAGAUGUUUUCGGACAUAUUUCGUUGUUGAGCGCCGAUCGUGAUCGAAACAAGGCAGUAAUCUACCAAAACCCUGUCACCACAAAGAACGUAAUCUACAGCAUCCUGAAUCCCAAAUCGCUGAAUCUUAGUCUGGGUGGUUCUGGGCGUGGGGCCACGGCCACUCUCACCUUACAGCCCCAUCGGCCGGGUCGAAAGCCAAAGAAACGUGGCAGGAAAAAGAAGGUCCCUGGCGAGAAUAACGCAAAAGAAGGUGCCGCCAAUGGCCUAGCUUCGCUGACUCCCACCCCUCCCGAUCUGAGUGCAAUCGAUCCCAAUAUUCCCGUAAUGAUCACUCGAUCCGGAAGGCUCUCUAAACCACCCCGCUAUGCAAAUAACUUUUUUCAAAACAUCAAGCAGAAAGCGGAACAACCUGCACCUCUUUUACCGCCCCCACCAUCGCCUGCGCCUGUGAUUCCUCGGAUUGACCUUCCGGCCACCGAUCCCGAGACUAUCGAGAAGCUGCCAAACUUUUCCGCUGCCCUUACUUCCUCCACGGUGGCACCAGCCGCCUCGCUGCCCGCACAGGAACCUAAGCGAAAAAUGAAAGUUCCCCUCCAGUAUCGCUGCUCCACCUGCAACAAGAUCUAUCUGGGAAAACGCAUGCAGAGGCACCUGGAGAAAUAUCCCAGUCAUAACACUCAACGGGAUUGCAUGGACAAGAACAAAGAAAAAUUCGAAGAAAAAGAUGACGAGAAAUCCACUUAUCUGUACAAACAUCUGUUUGACUUGCUGCACAAGUUCACCGAAAAAGACAAGGGUCGCAUCAUGCUGAAAGAGAUUAGCCACUUCGUGGAUUACGUUCGGGCACUGAUUCCCAAACUGAUCACCAACGACGAGCAGCACAGCACGGUGGAAUACAUCGACCAUAAUGUUGCGGAUGUCCUGAGGCUGAAUCACGGCAAGUACCGCCUUAAGUUGUCUUCCCUGGCGGAAGAGUGCGACAAACUAAAUCUCACAGUGAAUCUGUUGAACAACAAUUCCAAUCAUGGCCCGACCACGCCAAACCGACCACCACCUCCACUCUCAACCAGCACCCCCAACGGAACCACCGAAAGACAUUCGCUCUCGUUCAACGCCGAUGAUCUUCUCAACCAGUCCAGUUCAUUCCCCAGUCUGACGACUUUGAUGCACGAGCACAACCUCCUUCUGCAGCAGAAUGGCACCGUAGCUGCCAACUUCAACAACAAUUCCUUCCACCAGCAGAACAACAAUCACCAGCAUCAGCAAAUCAACAACCACCAUCAUCCUCACAACCAUCAUCAUAGUAAUCAUCACUACCACCACAAUAACAAUAACAACAAUAACCACCACCACCACUACAACAGCAGCAAUCAUCUCCACCAUCAUCUGCCGUUGAUCGGGUCCAGCUGUCACGACGACGCCAUGAACAGCCUGUCCGGUUUGUGCAAAUCCCCAGUGCAGCAUUCCACCUCCGGAAUGGUCAAUAUGGCACUGAACCUGUACUAGUGAAAUUGAAACAUACAAAAUGCAACUGCAGAAAAGGCGAAAAGUUUAAUGAAUUGCGAAGAAUUUAGCGAGCAUAAUAUACUACUACAUACCUACCUACCUACAAACAUUGGAUGACAAGUUCUAACAAAAUAUGUAAUAUUAGAAAUUGUAUAGUUUUUGAUUGAGAAUUGUGAAAAAGUAAUAUGAAACAAAAUGGUUUUACAUUGAGUCUAAUCAACAAACAAAGAAAGAUAAUAAACUUAUUGGAUAAUAGUAGAA